AGUUGAACUAAAACCAAUUAAAAGAAAAUGAAUUUAAAGAUAUUUUUGUUGGCUUUUAUUCUCAGCAUUUUAUUGAUUGAGGCAACGCCAAGUAGAGGACGACGAAGUGAAUCCAAUAAACGCAGACAAAGACAUCAAAAACACAAAUGCCACGAAGUCACAACUCCAAAACCUACUACAACGACACCCAUUCCAACAACGACAACUUUGGCUCCUAAUACAUCAGUUUGUAGUCACAUCUAUAGGAUAAACACUUCUUCUGGUGCAUACUUAAAAACCAUAUGUCACGUAAAAGAAAGUUUCAAUACCGCUCAAGCUUUAAAUUACUGCCAGAACAACGCAAUGACUUUGAUGAAAAUGACAGACUACGAUACAUUUAGUCAAUAUCAAGUUUUUAUUGCUGAAGCAUAUGGUGUAAACUCUCAUUCAUCUUUUAUCCUUAAUGGAUAUCGAAACACCACAGGAAACUGGUUCUUAUACUCAGAUCCAUCGACUCCAGUUUACAAUGGAUUAGUUUGGGAUACCGACAGUGUAGCCAAUAUACCUCUUCCACAGUGUUCUCUUUUUACACAAUUUCCAGGUGGAUAUUUCGUAGCUAUUGCUUACGACUGUGCUCAAAUAUCACAUUUCAAUUGUGAAUUUAUCUAAAAAUUCUCAAAGUUUAUAAUGUCAUUUGGAUAUUUCAAUACAUGCAAUAAAUAAUUACUAAUAUUGUCAUUCAAUAAUCAAUUUGUAA